UCUAGGACCGCGCAGAGCAGCAGCGCCCGUCACAUGGUCCGUGUAGUUAGCGCCCUGAAAAACAGACAUUUGUACAGUGAAUUAAGUCUCAGACUUCUCACAAGUACACGUGAAAACAGCUUUACUGCACAAUAAAAGUACACAUUUGUAGCUCCAGGACCUCAUGUACCGCCAUGAACCAAGACCGACAGAAGCGCAAGGAGGAGAUCCAGAAAGCUCUGGCUUUUAUUCAAUCGUCGCUGCCAUAUCCCGACCCGGACGGCUACGAGGGCUUCCUCGUGCAGCUGGUGUGUAAUCUGUUGGACGAAGGUAACGCGGCGUUCAGGGAGGGCGACUGGACGCUGGCACGAGGUCACUUCGGCGAGGGAGUGAGCGUGGCGAGAUACGCUCAGGCCGAGGGACUGACGGUUCCUGCGGCGCUGCUGGAGAGUCUUUACGUGAACAGAGCUGCAGCACAACACAACAUGGGGGAGCUGGAGGCGAGUGUGAGGGACUGUGACAGCGCUCUGAGUGUGUGUAAGGACAGCGGCAGGGCUCUGUACAGGAAGGCCGUGUGUCUGAAGACGCUCGGGCGAAUUAACGAGGCAUACGAGUGCAGCACUGCCUGCUUAAACACCUGUCCACAGGAUGAGAGGGUAAAGGACCUAGCUCAGGAUUUGGCCGACACUUUAGAUCAGCAGACGUGUAAAGGCUACACUGGUGUACAGCAGGGGGUAACUGAGACUAACAUACAAAACCUGCCCUCAAUGGAGGUUUCUAACGGACUGGAUGCCUUGUGUGACGUCAGCGCAGAUACGUCCCCCGUCCUGCCCGCCCCGGUCCCUGUCAGCGACACAUCCGAGGAGCCGGCCUUGUGUCUGUCGGUGCCCGUGUCUGAGCAGCUGGGGGACAGCGAGCUGGUGGGGGACGAGCUGGACACACUGCUGGACUGUGUCUCCAAAGAGGAACAGCUCCCACAGACUCUCUGUAAAGGCAGCGUUGUCCCCACUCAUGUCCCUGUGAUGAGUCUGCGUCCGCCGUUCUCUCCACUCCUCCCUGCCCCCUCCCCGUGUCUUCCUCCUGCGUUCUUCCCCUCGGCCGUCACUCACCUGAACACGCUGGACUUGUUCUGUGAAGCGAGUCGUGACCCGUCUCUCUUGGUCAGACCCCUGGAUUCGCUCGACUCCUUCUCUCAGGCUUUACCUCAGGGAUCAUUGCCUCACCGGCUGCCUCUAGUGGUGGGAGGAGAGGGACUCGACUCGCUCUCAGAGUUCACGCUGCCUGGUGGUAAAGUCUCUCAUAGUUUCCUUCCUCCGGUGAAGAUUAGCAGCUCCUCAAACUGUGUGAACGCUCUUUAUGUGAAUGGUCAUGUGACGUCCACCUUAUCCCAGCUCUCUAAGAAUCCUCUUGAACACACACACGACUUCACUCAAGCCUGUUCAGCGUGUUUUAUACGUACAGGCACAGGAGUGUUGGACUGUGAGUUCAGGUCUGAUUUGUCUCACAGCUGUAAGAAAGACACCCUGCUGUGCAGGAGAAAAGGCGGAGUCAAUCUGCCAUGGAGGCGUGUCCGGCCACGCCCAGCUCGAAGCAACUUCCAGGGUCCAUAUGUGCUCUGUAAAGAGGUUCUAGAGCGGCAGGACUGUAAAUACGGUGAAGCCUGCACCUUUGCAUACUGUCAGGAGGAGAUUGAUGUGUGGACACAGGAGAGGCAGGGCUUACUGACCCGGGAGCUGCUCUUCAACCCGCUUUCCUCCAAUCAGAGACAAGCACUGAGUGUCAUCAGACUACUGACUAUACAUGGUGGCAUGUUUAUGUUCCUUUGUGAGGGCUGUUUUGACAGUAGACCCAGGACCAUCAGUAAACGCUGUAAGGAGAAUCCGUCCCUGUGCUCCAGUGUGGUCUCACACCAUCAGUUUGACAGAAACAAGUGUCUGGUGCACGUAGUGAAGAACAGCAGCAGUGUGUGUUACAGUAAGAUCAGACCCCUCAGCACGCAUCGUCAGUUUGAUGUGUGUCGUCACGAGGUGCGUUACGGCUGCCAGCGGGACAAAAACUGCAGCUUCGCUCAUUCACUCAUCGAGCUUGAGUGCUGGAUCCUGCAGAAAGACCACGGCACCACUCAUGAGGAGAUUGUGCAAGAAUCUAAGAAACACUGGCACAAGCAUAGACAAGUCAACAUUUCCCAAACCAACGGCACUGUAUCCCGAUGGGAGGGGCAGAACAAAUGGGCGGAGUGGAAUGGGAAGGCGGGGCUUGACCGAGCCGCGGGAGCAGGAAACGUGUCGGGGGUGAAAGGUCACGAUCUGCGCCUGGCGAUGAAGUUCGUGUGCAGUCAGUGUUGGAGCGUCGGGUUGCAGAGCGAACCGGACAGAACGCUCAAAUACUGUAGCGCCAAAGCACGACACAGCUGGAUUAAAGAACGGAGGGUGCUGUUGGUGAAGUCCCUCGACAGGGAGAAGUGGGUGGCCGUGAGACCUUUACCUUUUGCCAAGACGUUCCCUCAGCAGUACGACAUCUGUGUGCACGUGCUAAAGGAGAAGAAGUGUAACUACAUCGGGAACUGCUCGUUCGCCCACAGCCUGGAGGAGAAGGAGCUGUGGACCUACAUGAAGAACACCGGCUCGCGGGACCUGCAGCAGGUUUAUGACACGUGGUCAAUGAAAGCCAAUCAGAUGAAGAGACUUGAGGGUGCCAUGGCAUCCCCGUUCGGAGAGGAGAAGCAGAUCACCAUGCCGACAGACUUCGCCGAAGCUGCUGACGGUUUUCACUGCCGCCUGUGUGGGAAGCACAGUAACGGCGAGCGUCAGUGGCAGCAGCACAUCUCAUCUGAGAAGCACAAAGAGCGCGUGCUGAGCGGUGCAGGUGAGGAGGAGAGUCUGACCUGGACACACCGCUUCCCGGGACCUUACUUCUCCCUCUGCCCCAGGUUGGAGGGAGGCUGCGAUGAUGGCGUGAGCUGUGACUACGCUCACAGUGACGACGAGCUCCGGGAGUGGCACGAGAGGCGGGACUUCCUGCGCAGGAGGCUGGAGAGAGCGCGAGCCGACAUGCUCAUCGCCCCCAACGACCACGACUUCGGGAAGUACAACUUCCUCCUACUGGACUGAGAAGAAAAACACACACACACACACACACACACACACACACACACACACACACACACACACACACACACACACACACACACUUGUACAUCCAUUUGAACCACCACACACUGAUGUACCAUUCAGACUUUUUCUCUGUUCGUUGUUUUACUUAUUUUUUUAUACACAUGUAAAUGUUUUCCGAUGGCGAAUCCCAGCGCUUGGCACCAGAGAUAUAAACAGUGCCCCCGUAGACCACCCGUGCACAGCCACACACAGCCACACACAGCCACACACAGCUACAUACAGCCGCAUACAGCCGCACACAGCCACAUACAGCCACAUACAGCCGCACACAGCCACAUACAGCCGCACACAGCCGCACACAGCCACACACAGCCGCUCGCGUACUUAAAGCCACAUUUAAACCCAACCGCAGCUUCGACCCCCAGCGCUGCUGUCCUGUGUAACCUGCGCUGACCGUCAGAUAAACACACAAACGGCAGAUUAAACGGAAUGAUGACGAUGAAGAUGACGAUGAUGAUGAUGAGUCUUACAGGGUUUUUCAGUUUGGUUCUGUUUUGUUUACCGGCUGAUCUCAAAGCUUCACUGCCGAAACAUCCGGACCUCCGUCUGCCGCUGCCGUAGAGCUGCUUUUAUUCUACAGGUGGUGGUUUUAUUUAAUUCCUCAGAUCAGAUCAGUCGCUCAGCGUGCCGUGUGCAGACGGGCAGGAAUAUAAACAGACGCGUGGUGAAAAGAGCAGGACGAUGAGAAACCACGAGAGAGGAGAAGCUUUUACACUCGGCCGUCCCAUCAUGCACCGCCAGAACAGAAGGGGCGGAGCUUGUAGCACAUCGACAGCACCAUGCGAACCAGACGUCCAGCUCCGUCUUCUUACGGCAUCGAGCUCCAUGUCAGCAGAAUUAAAGUCUCAGCAUCGUGUUUUA